AGAAUACUGAGGAGAUUAUUGCUUGAUUACAUUUUAUAAAAUCUUUGUAAUACUUUUAUUUUUUAACAUACAUGUCCAACAUGAGAGAAGAAAAUAUAAUCAUAUUAAAUAUUACAUAUUAACAAUACAUUAUGGCGUAAAUAUAAAAAAGUGCAUGUUUCGUACUCGGUCGUGAACUUUAUGCGAUACUGAUGUAGGGAAUUUCGUUACAUUGAAAUAAUUCCCUAUCCUCAUCCCGCUAUUAGUACCUACUGUGAAUUUGAAAACCGGUCUUUAAGUCUAUGUUUCAAAAUGGAUACCAUAAACAAUAGCAAUGAGAACUUAGAGCAAUCUAUUCAAAUGCUUAAUCAAGAAAACGCUCAACGAAGGUCAUUUUUGAGGUUAAGCGGAAAAAGCACACCUUCUAAAAGACUAUCAUUACAAAACACUAAUUAUUUACGAAAAGAUGUGGAUGAUUCUCAUAACUUUAAUGACAUCAAUAGUUCAAGAAUGUCGGGCAAAUCCUAUCUUCAUUCAAGAUUAAUUAAAGCUCAUGAUCUUUUGGAUAUUGAUACUUCAUUAACGCUUGCUCCUCAUGAAGUACGAGAUAUAAUGGCUGCUUCAGAAAAAAGUGAAUUUACCUUGAGGGAAAUGAUGGAGGAUAGUAGUGCAACUGGCAUGAUUUUAAAAGCAAGGGAACCUUGGAGAGAUGUUAUGUCUAAACUCUUCUAUGAUUUCUUGCAUAGUUUACAGGCAAACUUUUCAGAGGCACAGAUAUUUGAUACUAUUGCAGAUUUUAUACAAAACUGCACAGACACGUUAGAUAUAAUGAGAGGUAUGCAGUCAAAAGUAGAAACUACUGAAAUAUCAGAAGAUGAAAUUUCUUUAGAAAAUGAAAGGAACACAUGGAGACUUAUUUAUUGUUUAUAUCAAAAUAGAAUAAAUAGUCUCAAUUUUCCUACUCCAGUCGAAAAUAAUAUAUACAUAUCAGAAAAAGUUGUAAUAGAUAAUUUAUUCAAAACUGAAAGUUACAUUAGAGAAUACCAGUUAAUAAUUGACUGGUUGGAGAAAAAUGCAUUAGACCAAGCGGAUAAAUAUCCAAUCACUGAACAUUUCACAGAUAAAACAGUAGCAUGGGAAAAUACUGUGAGACAAUUAUUAAUGUAUAAAGACAAAGAACAAAUUCCAUUUCGUUCAUCUAGACCAUUGGUAUCGUCUCUAGAUCCGGAUGCUCCAAUAAGAGAGGGAAAACCUCUCCAUGAUUUAGACAGGGAAGAUGACGCAAGGAUGGAGAAGAGAAUGUUCAUAGAGGUUCGCUGUGGUCGUCUUCAAAAAGCACAAGCAUUAGCUCAAUACUGUGGACAACCUUGGCGAGCUGCUUGUCUGUUAGGAUGGAUACCUCAUCAUGAUCCCAACUAUCAAAACACAUUAUCUGAUUCUAAAUUACCUAUCGAAGGAAAUCCUAAUAGAAGUCUUUGGAAAUUAUGCGCUUGGGAACUUUCUCAGGAAAGGCGUGUAGGUCAAUUUUAUCGCACCAUUUAUGCUAGUCUUUGUGGAAAUGUUCAACAAAUGCUGCAAGUGGCGUCUUCUUGGCAAGAUGCACUAUGGGCUUAUAUGAAAACACUGUUAGACAUUAAAGUAGAAAGGGAAGUGAGAGAUCUAGUGGCAAAAAGUUUUACGGACAUGCCCGACGAUUAUUGGAAAAAUGAGAUCUCGUUAAAAGAUGUAUUUAAAGAACUUCACGCAUCGAAAAACCCUGAUAUUCGAGCACAAUCGAAUAAACCCGAUCACCUUAUUCAGAAAUAUCUGAUACUGGAUCAAAUACCAAAAUUGAUGGAAGAAAUAGAGGACAUGAUAUGUUCGAAGUCUUGCGAUCCUCACUUCCUAAGGUUUUUAGCGCAUCUGAUAUAUUUCUUUCGCCAAAUUGGGAAAAAUGCAAAAGAUAAAAUUGGAGAUAAAGUUCUGUUGGCAUAUGUUCGCGUUUUAAUUGAAAUGGAUGAUCCAAUUUUAAUCGCUUUCUAUACAGCUAUGUUACCUCAAGAACUUCAAAUAACAAAUUAUGCCAGUUAUUUGGAGACUAUAAAAGAUUAUGAACAACGGAAAAAAUGUUUAGCUGCAGCAGAAGAUGCCAAUCUAAACGUAGAGGCAAUUACGAAACUAGUAGUAGAAAGUAUACGUUCUAAAAAUAUCGACGUCGAUCCCACUGAUUUGAAAGGUACUAUGACUGACGCGGACGUUGACAAGAUUAAUGCUCUGGAUUGGUUAAUAUUUUAUCAAAGUCAACGGGAAGAAGCAUUGUCGCAAACUAAUGCUCUUAUAAGAUAUUUUCUGACAAAUGAAAAAAUUGAUGCUGCUAGAAAAGCUUUUAAUAAGAUUCCAGUAGAUUCCAUUGAAACUAUUAUGGCUGAAUAUCCAACGCUAGAAGGUACUUUAACAAAUCUCACGAUGACAAAUAAUCUGUCGAAAAGAGCGUCUUCAACGAUUCGGGAAUACCUUUGUUAUAAAACGUAUCUUGACGCCCAAGAAGGUUUCGCCGAAUGGUUUUCUCAUUAUCAUCAUGGAAAACCUACGCCGUUAGAAGAGUUACCCGCAUAUGCGACGUUCACCGAAAAAGUCGCUUAUGAACAUAAAAAGUCACAAUACAACGUAGAAAUGGAAAGGUGGAAGACUACGAUGCAACAUCAUACGAAGGCAGUGAAACAAUUAUUGUUUAACGUAUUGUUAUUCCCGGAUGGUGGUUGGUUGGUUGACUCAAAUAACAAUAACGACGAAUCAUGUACCCCUGAAGAAGCGGCCCGCGAGCAUCAAAUGGAAAAGUUACGGGAACUUUGUAUUCCAAAAGUUACGCUUCUUUUACAUUCUGUGAUGACCGAAAUGAAUGAACACGCUGAAUGUAUACAAUUGGCAGACAUUCUUGCCUCUGAACAGUAUCAACUUUAUAAGGUGUUCCAAAAAGGAAGACUGCGCGAAAUGUUUAAGAAAAUCUGCGAAUCUUCUCUCGUCCUAAUGGAUCAAAAGAAAGAUCCUUGGGGAUACCCGAAAUAAAUUUAGCAAAAUUAAAUAAAUAGCUAAGGAAUAUAUUCAAUCGUAUGUGUAACAACGAAACAACGUAUUGGAAUUUUAAUAUCGAAAAAAUGUAUAGAAAAUGCCUUUAGCUUUUUUAUAAAACCAGUUUAUUGUCAACCACAAGAAGUGAAUAUAAAAUUUGAUACAAUGUUCAAUAAUUCAUAAUCAUAAUAUAUUAUAUACUUCAUGA